AUGAGCGCGAGGAAACACGCGCACUGUGCAGGUGAGCCACAAGAGAUCGACGGUGAUGAUGCGCCCGUGUCCAAAAGACAGAGAACAGACAAAGAGAAGAACACUGCGAUGUUACUGUGUGGACAAGUUCCAGAAGAUGAUGAUCCUGCUGUACAAAGAGGAUCCAGUUCCGACGAAAUGAAGGAUUACCUUCAAGACCGAAGCAAAUGUGACUCUACAGGGCCACUGGUGUGGUGGAAAGAAAACCAGGACAGAUACCCCAUGCUCGCUCUGGCUGCGAAGCGACUCCUCUGCAUACCUGCCACCUCCACGCCCGCGGAACGCAUAUUUUCCAAAGCGGGAUUUAUUGUAAAUAAAACCAGGAGCUGUCUGCUUCCCAACAAUGUGGAUAUGUUACUUUUCCUUGCCCACAACUCGUCAAAGGUGGAUUAA